AUAGUAGUUCAAGUUCCGAUGACUUUCACUUAGAUAUCGAAGAUGAAGAAGAUGAUGAAUCUUCUCAGAAGAUUCAUUCCGGUAGCGAUAAAUUUGAGGAGAACAGAAAUUUUUGGGAUACUCAACUUCAGCUUCUUCAGUGGUGAUUGGCGCUGGACUUGGUAGGGAGAACCAUGGUUCGAUCCCCCGCAACUGCGAUCGGGAGGGGGAUGGAACCACUUGAUGCCAGAACUCGCCCCCGAACCGGACUAAACCGGUGGUAUAAAGCCAAAAAAAAAAAAAAGAAUGUAUAUAAAAUAAGUGCUGUGGAAUUAAGCAUAAGGAACGCAACGAAAGAAGCCAUUGAGGAAAUGGAUAGAUCAGAAAUAGAGUGCAGUUGUGGUGGACAGAUCAAGGGUUCAUCAGCCAGAUCAUGUAGAAACUGUUUUAUGAGACAAGUUUCUAGGAGCCUUCAAAAUGCUGGUUUCAACAGUGCCAUUUGUAAUACUAAAUGGACCAAGUCACAUAAUCUUCCAUCAGGGGAACAUGCAUUUUUGGAUGUGAUACAUAGUACAAGCAAAGAGAAAGCAGAUGUUAGGAUAAUCAUAGAGCUAAACUUUCGAUCUCAAUUUGAGAUGGGAAAAGCAAGUGAGGAUUACAACAAUCUGGUGAGAAAACUCCCAGAAGUGUAUGUAGGAAAAGUAGAGAGAUUAAGCAACAUAAUAAAGAUCAUGUGUAUGGCAGCUAAGAGAUGUUUGAAGGAGAACAAAAUGCACAUGGGACCAUGGAGAAAACAUAAAUACAUGCAAGCUAAGUGGUUGGGUCCUUGUAAGAGGAAUACUUCCACAAAUUCAAUUUCAAUGGGAUAUUCUCAGACGAAUAGUCCAAAGCAGAAGGUGCAGGCAUCAAUGCUAACAGUGGAUUUGUUAGACAAGAUUCCUAGCAUGCAUGGUACUGCUGUUAAAGUUGUGUAAAUUGUAAUUGUUGAUUAAGAUAGAAGUUUGAUUUUUUGUGUGUGGCUGCAGUGAGAAAGAGAGGUCCGUAUAAAAUGCAUUAGACUAGUUAGUUAAUUUUGAGUUGUAGCUAGUUGUUGAGAUAACUAUUGAACUGAAAGUUAGUUAAGCUUGUAAAUGCCUUGCAUUUUUUUGUUUAGAAAUUCAAAUUCAUCAUCUGUAUAUGUGGAUGAAGCCUCUCCUUGUAAAGUUAGUUGACAUUCAAUAAUGAAUCUUAUUUCUUUCUCUGAA